CCAUCUGUUUCCAAACUCACCCACUUGCUUCAGCUGUGCAGCAAUUCCAAAUCUCUGAACCAAGGCCAACAAAUUCACCAGCAUGUCAUUGCAUUAGGGUCUGGUGGUAACCAAUUCGUGGUAACUAAGCUGAUUCAAAUGUACGCUGAUUGCGAUGAUCUUGAUUCUUCGAGGAAGCUGUUUGAUGUAUUUCUGAAGCCUAAUGUGUUUGCCUGGACAGCUAUUCUCGGGUUCUUCUCAAGGAAUGGGAUGUACGAGGACUGCUUGGAGAACUAUGGGUUGAUGAAGUCUCAAGGAGUCUCUGGGGAUCACUUAGUGUUCCCAAAAGUUCUGAAAGCCUGCUCUCAGUUGACGUGGUUGGAUGGAGGGAUGUGGCUCUUUGGUGGUCUGAAACUGGAGGGUAUUAAGCCUGACGUAAUUACAUUUAACAUGUUGAUGGAUGCUUAUUUUCGGAUGGGGCUGUGUGAUGAAGCUUCAAAAGUUUUUGAACAGAUUGAAGCUCCUGAUAUCAUUUCAUGGACCACUCUAAUAUCUGGUUAUUCUCGAGCUGGCAAGUAUGCUACAUGUUUGAUAAUUUUCAAAGACAUGGUGAAUGGAGGAGGGAUUUUUCCUGAUGUAGAUUCCCUUUCACUUAUCCUUGUUUCGUGUCGCCAUCUGCGUGCUUUAAUGUGUGGGAAGGCCAUCCAUGGGUAUGGAAUCAAAACUCAACAACCUGGUGGGAGAUUUUACAGAUCAGCUGGUCCGGCUUUAAUGACAAUGUAUGCUAGAUGUGACUCUUUUCAUUAUGCUAGAACUGUGUUUGCACUAAUGGACAGAUCAGAUGUUGUUGCCUGGAACGCAAUGAUUCUGGCUUUUGUAGAAUCUGAGUCAAGGGAUUUAGCACCCGAAUGCUUUGGUGAGAUGCAGAGAUCAGAUAUCCGGAAUGAUCAGACAACCAUAUCUACUGUUUUACCAGUUUGUGAUUUGAAUCAUGGAAAGCAAAUUCAUGCCUACGCCACGAAACACAUUUUUCAUACGAGUGUUGCAGUUUGGAAUUCAGUCAUACACAUGUAUUCCAUGUGUGGGAAAAUUGAGGCCGCAUACUCAGUGUUUACAACAGCGAAAACCCGAGAUUUAGUAACAUGGAACGCAAUGAUCAGAGGAUUUGGCAUGCAUAGGCUUGCACAGGCUGCUUUGAAUCUUCUUCAAGACAUGAAGCGGGUUGGAGUUCAUGCUGAUGCUCUCACAUUUACUUCGGUGCUAUCAGCCUGUCAUCAUUCAGGCCUUGUAGAAGAGGGCAUUGAACUCUUCGAGAGCAUGACCGGAGAAUAUGGAUUUGUCCCCAGAAUGGAACAUUACUCCUGUGUUGUCAACAUGCUAGCACGUGUCGGUAGGCUAGAAGCUGCAAUCAAUUUCAUUCAUCAAAUGCCCCUGGAGCUUGAUAAGUCUGUUUGGGGGGCCUUGCUGACAGCCUGCCUUGACCAGCAAAAUGUAGAGGUUGGAAAGCUUGCCGCUGAAAAGUUAAUCCAACUGGAACCUGAACGCGCAGGACAUUAUGUGGCUUUGUAUAGUAUAUACGCAGAGGCUGGAAGAUGGGACGAUGCUGUAAAGGUGAGAAAGGAAAUGGAAGGCCGAGGGUCGGUUAAGCCCUCAGGACAGAGUUGGAUAACUAUCGGGAACUGA